GGGAGCUGCAGCUUUAAUCAAGUGAAGGGCUGAGUGAUUGACAGCCAGAAAUUGGAGCCGAAACAGACAGGCGACCAAUGGGAGAGUUGCAUUAGGAGACACUGGAGGCCCCUGGAGGAGAAGCGAAGGAAAAGCGAGUGAAUUGAGCACAAUCAUAGGUCUGGGCUGUCUUGAAAGGACUCUCCAUCAACUAAUUCAUGCUAUUUACCAAAUCUGACGGGGGAUAUUUAUAGGCGAUCGCAUUGCACCCAUUCAGGCCGUUUGAGUCCGUCAAAGACAACCGUCUCCAUCUAAAUGCAGAGAAAUAAGACAACCUAAGAGUUUUCCAAAUGAGCUGCAGAAUGGACGGAUUCUACGAUCAGCAAGUGCCUUACAUGGUAACUUCUAAACCGCAAGGAGGGAAAGGUAGUGAAAGAUCCACAAGUGAGAGGAAAAGGAAAUUCAUUGACACAGACUUAGCUCAAGAUUCGGAAGAACUCUUUCAGGAUUUGAGCCAGCUUCAGGAAACUUGGCUUGCAGAAGCUCAGGUCCCUGACAAUGAUGAACAGUUUGUGCCAGACUUCCAGUCUGAAAACUUGGCUUUCCAUGGCCUUCCUCUAAAAAUCAAGAAGGAACCGCAGAGCCCCUGUUCCGAGCUGAGCUCUGCUUGCAGCCAUGAACCACCUUUUAAAUUCAGUUAUGGGGAAAAGUGCCUGUAUAAUGUCAGUGCCUAUGAUCACAAGCCACCUGUAGGAUUGAAGCCCUCUAACCCGCCAACCCCCUCCAGUACGCCGGUCUCUCCUUUGCACCACGGGUCACCGAAUCCUGCUGCAACUCCCAAACCGGAUCGAAGUUUUCCAGCACACCUGUCUGCCACCCAGGCCAUCCCAGAGAAUGGCUACCCAAUGGACCAUAGAUUCCGGCGCCAGCUCUCGGAGCCAUGCCAUUCAUUCCCUCCUCCUCAUGGACUGCCAAGGGAGGGCCGUCCAAUGUACCAGCGGCAGAUGUCCGAGCCCAAUAUUCCCUUCCCCCCUCAGGGCUUCAAACAGGAGUACCAUGAUCCUGUCUAUGAACACGCCGCUAUGAUCGGUGGCCCGACCAACCAGAGUUUCCCGCAGCCGAUGAUGAUUAAGCAGGAGCCACGGGACUAUGCCUAUGAUUCAGGUUGCAUGUACGAAAAGGGUCCCAGACAUUUCUAUGAUGACACCUGCGUUGUUCCUGAAAAGUUUGACUGUGACAUAAAGCAGGAGCCAGGUAUAUAUCGUGAAGGUCCCACUUACCAGCGCAGGGGCUCCCUCCAGCUCUGGCAAUUCCUAGUGGCUCUGCUGGAUGAUCCAGCGAACUCGCACUUUAUUGCAUGGACGGGUCGUGGCAUGGAGUUCAAACUCAUUGAGCCGGAGGAGGUGGCACGGCGCUGGGGAAUCCAGAAGAAUCGACCUGCCAUGAACUAUGACAAGCUGAGCCGUUCACUCCGCUAUUACUAUGAGAAGGGCAUCAUGCAAAAGGUCGCUGGAGAAAGAUAUGUGUAUAAAUUUGUAUGUGACCCGGAGGCCCUCUUCUCAAUGGCGUUCCCAGAUAACCAGAGGCCAGUGCUGAAAACUGACAUGGAGCGCCACAUUAACGAGGAAGACACGGUCCCUCUCUCUCACUUUGAUGAGAACAUAGCCUUCAUUCAAGAUAACGGCUGUUGCAAUUCCCAUCCAUACAAUGAAGCCUAUGUGUACUGAUGCAGCCACGUUGGGGGCCAUCGCUUUCCUUUUCCCUUUCUUUUAUUUUCCGUAGACCAUGACCCAAGCAGGAUUUACUCAUCUCUUCAGCAUCUUUGACAUCAAGCAGAGGGUCCAGAGUUUCUGUCGCAUUACCCCCAUGGUUGACCACCAGGGACAGUGCACUUUAUGAAAAGACUCAUUGGAGUUCUACAUGUGAUUUUUGUUUCAUUUGGGGGUGGGAGUGGUUUACAUUUUUUGCCUAAAUGUUCUUUUUUGGAGGAGGGGGUUUGGAAAUUUACAGAUGUUUCAAUAGAUUAUGCUAUCUUAUAGAUUUUUGUUUCAUAUCAGCUAAAAAAACUUACUAAGUCAAACUUAAAGGAAUUCUGCUAAUGUCAGUAAUAAGAGAAAUUGCAUAUCUAAUAUUGCUGUGUUAAUGCAGCCAGCACUCUUUAAGAAUCUAUAUCUAAGUAGGUACAUAGUACAUUUUUGUCAGGGUACACAUUAAUAUACAGUCAAGCCUUUUACUGCUGUGUUAUAUUUGUUAAAAAUAUAUGAAUACUAGAGUAUGCUGAGGCUUCUGCUGCAGUCUCCUUUUCUGUAAAUUCUUUUAAACGCAGGGUUUAUUAAAGCAAUUUGGAGCAUUACUGUAAGUACAGGUAGUUUUUCAGGACAAAAUAGAUGACUUGAAACAUUUACUGCUUAGAAUGUAGUUUAUGCUGUAGUUAUACAAUAAGCAACUGUAUGCUUUAGCCAUUGGUAAAUGAUUAUCCACCGACAAGUUGCUAAGGGAAGUUUUUAUGUGGAAGGUUUUUUCUGGAUAAAUGGAAACUCACCUGAUAUGACCUGUCAAUAGCAACAUUUCAUUAGCAUGCACUUACUUCAGAUUUAGAGCCCAGGUAUUGAAGCAGUCCUGUCUUGUUACACUUAGCAUCUUCAUCUAAUCUGGCGAAUUAGGGCAGGUCACAUUUUUAUAGUUUGUUAAACAUUUUUUACAAUGACUAUCUUACUUCAGAAGAUUACAUUGAAGAUACUGUUCUAGCAGAAACCUUGUCUCUCAACCCCCAAAAAGCUUUGCUCUCACCCCUCCCCAAAAUCUCCCCCCUCCGCGGGGAGAAAAUUUAUUGUGAAAUUGAAUUAAGGAUCACACUUGUAUAUAGAACGUUUUUGUCUCUUACCCACCCUCCAUUUUUAUCAUUGCUGUUUUGUUUAAAAUAAAAUGUAUCUAGAUAUAUAUCUAGAAGUUGCAGCUGGUGUAUAAGUUGCUCCCCUAUUUUUAGAAGACGUGAAGCUGUAGUAUACAUCACCAGAUUUGAUGGCACUUGUAUUCUCUAAUUUCAAGUAGAGUAACAAAUUUGAAGACAGUAACGCCACAGGAGAUCCAAGGGAUUAGUUUCACUAAGCUAAAAAGGGAGGUGUUUCUAAUCAAUGUACUGUGUAUAUAAUAUAUAUAUAAAAUAUGUUUCCUGGAGCUUGACCUUUUCUUCUAUUUAGUAACAAUUUUUACUGCCACCUUUAGCUUUUAAAGAACUCUUCAAUAACCGUGUACAGCCCUUCUCUGAACAAAGGUGAUCAGUCCAUAAUAUUCUGGCAGUGUGGUCCAAAGACCUUUGUCAGCCAACUACCUUUAAUAAUCCCUAGUAUCAUUUCGGUUCUAUUUGUUUCCUUUGUGCAUCUGAAAUGGUUUGUGAGUUUCAGUAGAAGCUGCAACCCGGAGAUUUAUGUAACCCUUUCUAUUCACUGCGAUGCUCUGUAAGUGAAAGUUACAGUGACAUAUUUUUAGAACAUUGAUCCAGGUCCAUUUAAAGUAUAAACUAGAAGCAUGUUUUCUGCUAGCUAGACACCUCUUCUUUACUGGGUGUGUUUACUGGAUACUGGAUGUAUUUACAUCAUGUAGCUUUGGACUCAUGAAUCACCACAAAAAUGUGUUGUAAUCCUGUUGUGUGUCCAAAUUACAUUUGAAGUGAGCAAGUUCAUCCUAAAGUGAGACAGUGCUAAAUAGAUGUUGUAAUUGACAGUCCACUUGCAUCCACUCCUGUCUUAGAGAUUUUAUUAAAGGGCCAAUCUUCAACUAUAAUCUGAAUUUCAAUGGUGAUGAUUUUAGGAUAUUAAUAUAACCUGUUGUCCUACUCUUUUUGAUUCUCAAUUAUAUUCUUGGUAAUUCUUGUUAAGGUCAAUCAUUGCCUGAUUCACCUGGCACAAGUGCUGAAUAAGUGUAGAUCUGGCCCAUGUUGCCCUUAGUGUCCAUUGCCUUCAAAUGGUACUUUCUGGGGCUUGUUUGGGGCAUAUUGUUUUUAUGUAAAACCGAUGGCAGAGAUUUCACAUGAAAUUCAUUUGAAAGCUACAAGCUUCUCUGAUUCAACACAUCAAAGGUAAUCCUUGCAGUGCAGUGCAAAAAAUAUUCCUAUUCAAAGCUUUAUACAAAGUAGGGCAGUGUCCUUCUGAGGAUGAUGGUUAAGGCACAUGUUGGUGUGGAGUACAAAGAGCUUUAUUCAAUAUCUGGUCCAUGUCGGCACUGGCAUCCCUCAUUUUGAGGAUCACAUCAUAAAAUUAUCCAUUUUACAGCCUCUUUUGAUGGCUUGGUGAGUAAAUGGAUUGUUUGCCGGGAAAGAUAGCCAUGCACAGCGGGAGGCUUUCUGGUUCGCUCUCUGAUCUGUGGUGAGUCAGCCAGUCCCAUUCAGAACAGUGGUGAGUGGUGUGCCCCUUGGAUAUCAGUCAGGAUCCUCAUUUCUUAUCACUAUCCAGCAACUUCUGCUGGAAGCAUCUGCUACAUUUCAAUAAAUUUCCAGGAGCACUUUUGAAUCUCAGCUGGUUGCUAAAUUAUAGAACACUUACUGCCAAUAUAAGGACAGAAUGGGGCUGGAGUGUGAUGGCUUCGAUAGCCAUGUUUUAAGAAUGUUCAGUUGUGCGAGGUGUAAGAAAGCGCUGGUUUAUGUGGAACUGUAGCACAAACCAGUCCCCUCAGGAGAGGAAGAGUAAAGGGAGCCGGUUUGGUAGUAUUAUAGCCUGACUUAUUUUCUCUUUUGCUUGCUCAUCUCCUAAGCCUCUUUUGGUUACUCUUUCCCACUCUAUCUUGCUCACCGAUGAUUCUCAAUUUUCGUAGACAAUAACAUUUCCAGAAACGUUCUGGUAGUGAAACAAUCAAUUACACUUUAAUGUAAAAGUACUGAACCUUUCUUCAAUUACAUUUGCUCUACUUUGUCCAGGAAAUUGUUUUCUUUGUAAAGGUUUACUGCAUGAACACGUCCCUGAUGCACGAAUGACUUUUAAGACAUUAGCGCAUUUGUUUUUGAAACUGUUCCCUUAUUGUUGCAUGAUGUGCCCCUUGUGCCAGCUCUGUCCUGUGUCUGGAGCCCCUUUGCCUCCAGGUUUGUGCUGGGUGAAGCAGGUUUUGCAUUGAGGAAAUCUCAAAAUAAAGUGGAGGCAAAAGACACAGCCUGAAGAAAGUCACUUGGAAACCUAAUGUAGCAAAAAAAAGAAAAAAAACACAACGUUGAGGGACAUCUGUAAAUGAUGGACAGUAUUUUUUCUGCUGUUUCUGAGAAAUUUUCUAAAUUUUUGUAAUUUUGUAUUUAUCAUGUAUGUUUUGGUUUUAUAUGGCCAAAAAGUAGCAUCUGGAUUAAUAAUGUAAACCUCAUUGUUGUUUAAUUUUCCUCAGCUAUGGCUUAGAGCUGUUUGAAGGGUCCAUGGUUUUCCUGUUGUAUUGCUUUUGGAUUUUUUUUUGCUUUGAAGAAAAAAAUGUAAUAGUAUAAUAAACUGUUCAAUUCUUAAGGAAAUCUGAGCUAUAUUGUUUCAAA